AUGGAUUUUCCUGGACUUUGUGAAAAACAUAGCUUAGUUGUUUUUUCUUCCUCUUUCUUCUUUCUCUUUUCUUCUUCUCUUGCUCAACUCCGUUUUUUUCUUCCUCUUUCUUCUCUCUUUCCUUUCUCCCAAUACGUUAAAAAGACCUUCCUCCAACUCUUCUACUCCAAAUGUUUCUUCUUCUUUUCUCUUUUCUUUCUCCAAUCUUUCUUCCAACACCAAAUGACUUUUCUCUUGCCUCCAACUCAAAUCUUUUUCUUUCCGAAAAUCCAACUGGGUAGGAAAAGAAGAUUCAUCCUCUUUCCCAAGAGUAUUAGCACAAAUGCAAAUGUUUCUUCCUUGCCUUCUUUCUUUCUCUUUCCUCUCUCUUUCCCAAACUUCUUCCUCUUGAACUCCAAAUGUUUCUUCUUCCUUUUUCUUCUUCUUCCUCUUUCUUCUCGGUCUUCUCUUUCUUCUUUUUCUUUUCCUCUUCCUCAAAUCUUUUCUUCUUUCUCUUUCCUCCAACUCCAAUUUUCUUCUUCCUCUUUCUUCUCUCUCUUUCCUUUCAACCAUUCUCUUUCCAACUUUCUUCUUCCUCUCUUUCUUCUUUCCUCCAACUCCAAAUGUUUCUUUUUCUUCUUCCUCUUUCUUUUCCUCUCGCAAAUGAUUUUCUUCUUUUCUUCUUUUUUUUCUUUUCUUUGUUCCUCCAAAUCAAAAAAAGUAACUCAAAAUGUUUUUCUUCCUUCUUCUUCUCUCUUUUCUCCAACUCCAAAUUUUCUUCUUCUUUCUCUUGCCUCCAACUCUUCAAAUGUUUCUUCUUCUCUUUUUCUUCUUUUCUUCUCUUUCAUCUCCAAAUGUUUCUUCUUUCUCUUUUCUUUUCUUUUUCCAACUUUAAUGUUUCUUCUUCCUCUUUCUCUCUCUCUUUCCUCCAACUUUUCCUUCUUUCUCUUUCCUCCAAAAAUGAUUCUUCUUCUUUCUUCUUCUCUUUUCUCCAACUCCAAAUUGUCGCUUUUUCUUGACAAAACUUUCUUCUUCCUCUUUCUGGCCAUUCGUCUCCAAAUGUUUCUUCUUCCUCCUUCUUCUCUUUCCUCCAAUCGAUUGUUCUUCCUCUUUUCUUCUUUCUCUUUCCUCCAAGUUUUUCUUCCUCUUUCUUCUUUCUCUCUUCCUCCAACUCCAAAUUUUCUUCUUUCUCUUCCUUCUUCAAAUGUUCUUAAAUCUUUAAUGCCUCAAAAAUGUUUCUUCUUUUUUCUUCUUUCUCUUGCCUCCAACUGUUUCUUCUUCCUCUUUUCUUCUCUCUUUCCUCCAACUCAAAAUGUUUCUUCUUUCUCUUUGCCUCCAACUCCAAAUGUUUCUUCUUCCUCUUUCUUCUUUCUCUUUUCUUUGUCCUCUUUCCUUCCUCUUCCUCUUUCUCCAACUUUCCUCAUCCUCCAACAAUGUUUUCUCUCUUUCUUCUUCUUCUUCUCUUUCCUCCAACUCAAAAUGUUUCUUCUUUCUUUUGCCUCUCUUUUUCUUCUUCCUCUUUCUUCAACUUUCGUCCUCUUUCUUUCUCUCUUUUUGUUCAUGUUCUGGAGCUCCAAUUGUUUCUUCUUUCUCUUCUUUCAAAUCUUUCUUCUUCCUCUUUCUUUCUUUCUUUCAACUCCAAAUUUUUCUUCUUCCUCUUUCUUUUUCAAAUCUUUUUCUUCUUUCUCUUUAUUUCCAAUAAAUUUUCUUCUUUUUUUCUUCUUUCUCUUUCCACCGCAAUGA